AUGCCGAGAAACCCAGAUAAUUUGCAUCAUCAUUUAAUGCAAAUGCUUGCAAAUGAACCAGUGGGAGAAAUAAAAGCUGAUGAUGCACUUAUGUUACCAUCUCUAGGGCCCCCUCUCCCGGCGUCAACGACGACAGACGCGGACGGAAACUUGAAUGCGUGGGUUUCGGGUGUACAUACACCUCAGGGCGACUCGGUAGCUUCCUCGCGAUCCAGCCUUCUAGCCCAAAUACCAUCUUCUGAAGUAUUUGUUGAAGGUGUUUUGCAGCCAUUAGCGGGGGAAUCCGUCUUCUUUGGAGGUCCAAUCGAGAGGGAGGCCCUUGCACACGUUCGGCGGCUGCAGUCUGUUCCUGUGUCGUACUUAGAAGUAGAUAAGUUUUUGUGUUCUGUUGAGAGUUUCGCUUGUCGAUUCAACAAAGAAAGUCAAUUGCUGGAGAUUGCGGAGGGGCAAAUGGACGGUACGGUUCGCUAUUUCUACAGAAAACGCAUGCAAAUGCUCUUCCCAGGCCGACAGAGAGAUUAUCAAACGCUGGUGGAGUUGAUGCUGCGCCUCUUAUGCCUAGGAAACCCCGAGACUUUCUUAAGGAGGGAGUUGCGGGGGGCUCCCCCCCACAAGGCCUUGAAGUUAUACGUUGAAUUAGGGCUGUUGCACGACGCGUACACCCGACUGUGUGAACGUACAAACACCGAAAUAAAAAGAACGGAGGAAUCCUUAGCUCAAGAAUUUCUCAGCAGACUUCCCAACAGAUUGGCGGAACAAACGCGCAGAGUUGUGAGGAAUGUACCCUCUCCUAAUCUCUUCGCUUAUGCAGUUGUGGCGCGUACAGUGGACAGCCAUUUGAACGGCAACUGGUAA